GGGAUUUGAAGGUUUUGGACGGGAAAUCGCAAAUGAACGAGAUAUUGUAGACCAGCAACGCAACGCUACUGGUUCUUCAUUGCAAUUACCAGCACACAAACGCAUUUCACACCUUCCCGGCCUCUAGCUGGUUGACAUCCCGGAAGUGGUCGAACCAAGCAUAUUGCAGCAGAUCUCCGUGCAGAUCGCCGUCGAAACGUCAACUCGGACGGGGAACUCUUACGGGAAGAGCGUCGAGACUCAAGUGGCGCAGCAUUUCAUCUGACCCGAUCAACUGUUGAAGGGUUUUAAACGCUUUGUCCUUUUGUCCAUUAGUUUGAUUUCUUUGCAAACAUGUCCGCAAAACUCGACACGACAAAGCGCAUCACCUUCAUUGGUGGUGGUAACAUGGCAAACGCCAUUAUCGGCGGCUUGCUAGCCAACGGAUAUCCCCCAACAAACAUCAUUGUAUCCGAGCCUUUCGAAGCUUCACGCGAAAAACUCCAAUCCACUUUUGGAGUAUUAACGACCACUGACAAUGCCGCUGCAGUGGCAUUCUCUCAAGACCCAAAAAAUGUUACAACACCGGCAGAUUUGGUCAUGCUGGCCGUGAAACCCCAGAUAAUGAGGGAUGUCGCCCAAGGAAUUGCCCACGCGGUGCAAAAGCACAAGCCUGUUGUGGUCACCAUUGCGGCAGGAAUAACGCUGAAGGAUUUAGCAAAGUGGUUGAGCUCGGACGCGCAGGGUAACGACAUAUCAGGCGCUCGAUCACCCGCUUUGGUGCGAGUCAUGCCCAAUACGCCAGCACUGGUGUUGGAGGGCGCUACUGGUCUGUUUGCAAGCAGCGAGGUGACAGAGGAGCAAAAGACAUUGGCAUUCAAUGUCUUGGGGGCAGUUUCUAAAAGUGCUUUCUGGGUGGAGCGAGAGGAGCUAUUGGACGUUGUCACUGGAUUGUCAGGAUCUGGACCGGCAUAUUUCUUUCUAAUGGUUGAAUGUCUUGCAGCUGCGGCAACGGAGCUGGGUUUGCCAUCUGAGGUUGCACAAGGUCUAGCAAGACAGACGUGUCUUGGUGCAGGCAGAAUGCUAGUGGACACUGCUGAAGACCCGGCAGAACUACGGAGAAAGGUGACUUCUCCCAACGGUACAACGCAUGCCGCCAUUCAAUCGCUAGAGGCAAGUGGAAUGCGGCAAGCUUUCAAAGAUGCCGUUGUCGCUGCCACUAAGCGGGGGGAGGAAUUGGGAAAGAUGUUCAGUCAGUAGCCAACGGUUAGCGGACCAAAAUUGUAAUCUGUUUGAUGCGUUCAUAGAUCCGUAACUGCUCCAAAAUAUAUACUCUGUGCGUUUGAGUAUAAACCACACAAGGAAGCCGUGUGGAAGCUGUGGGAUAUGAUAUUCACAAAAUAUCGCCCUUUUCUCCUACACGUUGCCGUAUUUACACCAUUGACCCAGCUACCAUAUUACGGUCUUGCACCAUGACCAAUCUGACUAGUACAUUAAAAAU